UUUGCGCGUCAGAUUUAUUCUAAAAUCUCCCAGUAACUAAUAACAAUAUAUCAUGAAGUGACAAGAACUGCUCUGUCAGGGCGAUAAAAAAGUGAUCAAGGUAAGCUGAAACAUUAAAACGUAUAUAAACACACAAAAUUAGUAUCUUCAGUCAUUUACGAACUUGCCAUUAAAGAAUAACAGUACAAUAAAUCUAAUACUACAACAUGGAAUCAUCAUAUUCAACCCUACCAUUGAUGGACGCUGCUGGAAAUGAUGAUUUGUUCGCCAAUAAAGCCUUUGAUUACGAUUAUGAAGAUUCCUCGUCGGGCUAUGAAUCUACAGAUAUGGAGUCAGUGAGUUCUUGGGGAUCACGUGACAGCCUUGACAGUAGAUUACAAGACAGUCAUAAUAACUUCUUACCAAUGAACAAAGAUGAAGAAAUCAUGAACUUUAGAAGCACACAUUCGCUCUCAGAACACCUGAAACUAAUUUUAGCAAUGCCCGAGAUGUGCGACGUCACGUUUGUUGUUGGACCACGUGAAGUACCAGUGCACGGAGUUCGCGCAAUCAUGGGUACACGAAGCAGGGUUAUGUAUCAACUGAUAUUAAAGCAUAUGUCUAUGGAAGCUGCUGACAAAGAAAGGAACGCCAAAAGUAACAAGAAGUCAAAGAAAAGCACGUGCAAGGCAGUUGGAAUAGGUCGGUCAUUAUCACAAAGACUUGUUAUCCCUGUCAAGAAAUAUGAUUCUGAGGUGUUCCGAAUGUUGGUCCAGUUUAUUCACUGUGGAAUUGUGAAUAUCACCGAGGAAACAGUUGCUGGUUUAUUUUGUGCUGCCUCCCAUUUUGAGCUACCAGAUCUGAGCAAAGCUUGUUUAGAUUUUGUUGAGAGAUGUAUCAAGGUCGGUAGAGCCGAGAAACUGCUCUUUUCUACAAGAUGUUACAGCCAGCAUAAAGCUUCCAAAACAUUAUUUGAUAGGAUUUAUUCAGUGUUGGACAAACGAUGUGUCGCCAAACUUGACGAAACUCCAGUUUAAACUCAUACGUGUUACAUUUUGAACUUGUGCUAAAUUAUUUAUUAAAUUAUUGGCUGCUAUUGCUUUUUGUUACAGUAUAAUUUAUUUGUUAUGUUUAUUGUUGCGAAAUAAAAAUUCUAAAACAAAAUUGAUGUUUUCCUUUUUUAUUGUGUCUUGUCGAAUCAUUUGUAUGGUAACACAUACGAGUCUAAGUCAAUAAAUUGUUUUUCAACACAUCGUAUUCUUUAAAGUUUGAGCAAAUGUAGCAUAUCUCAGAUUCAGCACUCAACGCACAAAUACAUGUAAACCAUUACAAAGAAAUGGUAUCUAUUCACGACCAUUCAUUCUAUUGAAUUGAUCAAGGACCAGUUUCUACACCUGCUCUUUACCCAUUUUACAUGUAAACGUCAACUUUCGAUGCACGUGGACAAAGA